UUAUGAUAGAGUACUUUGUGAUGUGAAUUAAUAAUCCAAUUAGUCAAAAUUGGAAUGAAUUCAUUGCUACGUUUCAGAUACAGUUUGAUAUGAAGAAUCAAAAUGAAGACAUGGACAAUGUUGAUAGGGAUGAACUGGAUGGGAGGCCACGUAGGCGAGAAAAGACAAAGAAGAAGAUGAUGUUGAAGAAAAGUGGUGAUCAUAAAGUGAUUGUGGAAGUUAAUGAGCUUGGUGUUUUAGCAGGUAAGGUCUGGACGGAACUGUCUAAUUACCUUGGGGUUAUAGUCAGGGACCAUGUGCCCAUAGUGUACCAUGACUGGAGAAGAGUCCCGCUUAAGUUGAAAAAUGAUAUGUUGACGCAUAUUCAGGAUCUGUUUGUGUUGCCUACUAAUUCAGAGAAACAUAUACUCCAAACAAUGGGAGCUGCACAUAAAAAUUUUAGAUGCACUUUGUACACUGAAUUCAUUGCACAACACAUGGAUGAGCCCGAGAAGUUAAGCUUACCUCCAAAAGAAUAUAAGCACAUUGGUACUGAUGAAUGGAGAAUAUUUGUGAAGAGGUGCUUUACAGAAGAAUUCCAGGUGAUAGAACUUACUAAUGCAUUUAAUAUAAGUAGAAACAUUUGUGAAUAUAUGUAAUAAUUUUGUUAAAUGCUUUUAGGAAAAAAGCAAAAAAGCAUGUGAAAAUCGAAAGAAGAAUAUAUAUAAUCACCGAUUAGGUUCAACAGGUUAUGGAGGGUUACUUUUAAAGAAGAAAGAACAACUUGGAAGUACUGUCAACGACAUUGAUCGAGCGGAUACAUGGCUCUUGGGAAGAGAAAGAAAAGAUGGUGGAUAUGAUCCCGAGGUUUUGGAAGUUGCAGAAGAAAUA